CGAAAAUUAAUAGAAAGAAGCAUAAACGAAAAGAAAAGGCCUGUGUGGUACAAGUAAGGUGCCUUCUUUCUUUCUUUCUCCUUUUACAUGUAAGAGAGAGAGAGAGAGAGGGGUUGGUGUAAGAAGACGAUUCAACUCAGACCCAUUUUCUUCACUCAACUCGCUCGAUCUUCAAGCUUUUUCUCGAAGCAAAAACUAACUAGGGGCAUGGCAGCAGAUGAAGGAUUUGACAUGUCAUAUUUGAAGUCUCAGCUGAGUCAAUCACAUGAAACAUGGAAGCAAGAGAGUGAAAGAAGCCAAUCCCAAGUGGAUGCAUUGCAAGCAAAGCUUAUCGAAGUGAAGGAUUACAUGCAAGGUUCAGAGGAAGAUGCUAAUAAAGUUUUAGAGGUUCUUUGGCGUAGGGUCAAGACCGCUUCUACAUUGUUGACUUACUUAAAAGCGAAAGCAAGACUCAUGGCUGUUCCUGAUCUAGCCCAUGCAUCUUGUGGCAUAAAAGAAUUAGAGGGGGUAGGCCUUGUAGACAAGAAUGGGAUACCAUUUUCAGGUUGGUCUAGGAAUGUAGAUCUUUCUCCAUUUGAGGAUGCGGGCGAAGAAUCUUGGAUAGGAAUUAGCCAUGAGCGAGGUUCGUUAGAUGAACAAGAUGGAGCUUAUUUAGGUGAGGUACUCAAGUCUGUACAGAUGGUUGCAGAUGUGAUGGAAGCCCUUGUCAAAAGGGUUAUAUUGGCAGAAUCAGAAACUGCAGUUGAGAAGGAAAAAGUAAGCGUAAGUCAGGAAGAGAUUAAACAGAAGUCUGCCCAGUUAGAAAAUAUGUCCAUGAAGUUAAAAGAGAUGGAGCGUUUUGCUUUGAAUACAAGUAAUAUUCUAAAUGACGUGCGACAGAGAGUUGUGGGUUUGGUGGAAGAAACAACCAGGCAGAGGCAGCUAGCUGCUGAAAAUGAAGAGGAGCUUUGUAGAGUGAGACGGGAAUUUGAGUCUCUGAAAUCCUAUGUUAGCAGCCUACUCACUGUAAGAGAAACAUUACUUUCCUCAGAGAAGCAAUUUCAAACUAUUGAGAAGCUUUUUGAAAGGCUAGUUGCGAAGACAACUCAGUUGGAGGGUGAGAAAAUGCAGAAAGAGGCAGAAGUUCAAAAGCUUAUGGAAGAGAAUGUGAGGUUGAGCACUUUGCUUGACAAGAAAGAGGCUCAACUUCUGGCACUGAAUGAACAAUGCAAGGUAAUGGCUUUGAGCGCGUCGUCCGACAUGUGAAAAUGCUGAUGAGCUUUGACAGAUUCAUUGCAUUGCCAUUGCUAUGUGCUUGCUUGCUGACAUGACCACUGCCACUGGGGGCACCAAAGUGAAGAAGCUUCAAUGGAUAAAGAAUUUGAUGAUCAAGGUCUUUGUCAUCCUGAAGCAGCAAAACUGAAGGGCCUGCUCCAUAAACAUAUUUGUCCCAUUUCUUUUAUCUUUGCCUGUGCUAUUUUCUGUCUGUUUGUCAAAAAAUUGAUAACUAAAUAUACUUUGUACUUGGGAAUGUAAAACUUGGCGUGCAGUUCCACAGGAAAAAAGAAAUGAGGCAUGAUGUGUGUCUCUUUGCUGUAAA